GGAAGUGGGGGCCGCCCUGGGGCCUGUGGAGAUUUAGGCGCCAGGAGCGGCCGUCGGGGCUGUGUUCGACCGCCGGCCGGGGCCAUGUGGGGUCCGUUGCGCGUCCCGAGGCUGAGCCGGGCGUCCCCGGGGUCAGCAGGAGGGGCGAGGCGGAGGGCGUCCAGCACACCGGACGGGGGGACGGCCCGGCUCCCACAGCGCCUGGCCUCCAAGCUGGCCGCGGGCCCCACUUUCCAGCAUUUCCUGAGCGGCGGCAUCGCCUCAAAACCUCGGGACGCCCCGGCCGCCGGAGAUCCGCCCCCCUACCUCGCUUCCGACGCCCUCCGGGAGGAGAGGAGGAAAGUCUACCUGGAGACGUACGGCUGUCAGAUGAACGUCAACGACACCGAGAUCGCCUGGUCCAUCCUGCAGCAGAACGGCUUCCUCAGGACCCGGGACGUCCAGGAGGCGGAUGUGAUUCUUCUGGUCACGUGUUCCAUCAGGGAGAAGGCGGAGCAGACCAUCUGGAACCGCCUCCAGCAGCUGAGGCCCCUGAAGGAGAAGCGGAGGCGAUCCGAAGUCCCCGUCCGCAUCGGCGUCUUAGGCUGCAUGGCGGAGCGUCUGAAGGCCGAGGUGCUGCGGCGGGAGAGGACGGUGGACGUGCUGGCCGGGCCGGACGCCUACCGGGACCUUCCGCGCCUCCUGUCCGUGGCCGAGUCGGGCCGCCAGGCCGCCAACGUCCUUCUGGCCCGCGACGAGACCUACGCCGACGUCAUGCCCGCCCCGCCGCCCCCCGGCGCCGUCUCCGCCUUCGUGUCCAUCAUGCGCGGCUGCGAUAACAUGUGCAGCUACUGCAUCGUGCCCUUCACGCGGGGCCGGGAGCGAAGCCGGCCCGUGGCCUCCAUCCUGGAGGAGGUGAGGAGGCUGUCCGGACAGGGCCUGAAGGAAGUGACCCUCCUGGGGCAGAACGUGAACAGCUACCGCGACCCGUCGGAGGCCCAGCGGGGCCUGGCGUCCUCCCCAUCCCCGGGCCUGAGCCGCGGCUUCCGCGCCAACGUCAAGGCCCGGCCGGGCGGCCUGCGCUUCGCCCACCUCCUGGACCGCGUGGCCGCCGUCGACCCGGACAUGAGGAUCCGCUUCACGUCCCCGCAUCCCAAAGACUUCCCGGAUGAGGUCCUGGAGCUGAUCCGGGAGCGACACAACAUCUGCAAGCAGAUCCACCUCCCGGCCCAGAGCGGAAGCAGCGUGGUCCUGGAGGCAAUGAGGCGGGGGUACACGAGAGAAGCUUAUUUAGAGCUGGUUCAGCACAUCAGAGCCACCAUUCCAGGGGUCAGCCUGAGCAGCGACUUCAUCGCCGGCUUCUGCGGGGAGAGCGAGGAUGACCACCGGCAGACCGUGGCGUUGCUUCGGGAGGUGCGCUACAACGCCGCUUUCCUGUUCGCCUACAGCAUGCGGCAGCGCUCACCCGGUGUGUGGUUCUUUCUCGUUCUGUCCCCGGGGACGCCCGGGGCCCCGCAGAAAACCCGCGCCCACCACCGGCUGCGGGACGACGUCCCGGCCGAGGAGAAGCGGCGGAGGCUGGAGGAGCUGAUCGGCGUCUUCCGAGAGGAGGCCGCCGCCGCCAACCGGGCCUACGAGGGCCGCCUCCAGCUGCUGCUGGUCGAGGGGACCAGCAAGCGUUCGGAGUCGGAGCUGUGCGGCCGGAACGACGGGAAUCUCAGGGUGAUCUUCCCGGACACGGAGAUGGAGGACGGGACCGGCCGCGGGAGCCUCGUCCGGGCCCAGCCGGGGGACUACGUCCUGGUCAAGAUCACGGCGUCCAGCUCCCAGAGCCUGCGGGGCAUCCCCCUGCGGCGGACAUCUCUGCGGGAGGCCCGGGCAGCGGAGGAGGAGGAGGAGGAGGAGGAGGAAGAGGAAGGGGGAGACCGACGACCACCAUUAUAAACAGGAAGCGGGCGUCAAGCGGAGGGGUGCUCCGGGACGGAGGAGCGAGGAGGAAACGGAGGCCCCGACGGGAAGCAACAAGCCCCAGCCGGAAUUCGAACCCGGGUCCCCGCCCACUCCCAGGCCUGGGCGCUU